AUGGUCUCCGGGACGCAUGCGGCGCGGCUCGUUUUGAAAAAAGGGCACGCCAAACCAGCAGCGCCGGGGCGGGGGCGUCCGCGUUUCCCGGCCCGUUGGCGGGGCAUGAUGGCCACCGCCCGCGGAGCACGGCGGCUUGCUUCAGACGAAGCGGGUGCGCCUCACGCAAAGCUCCGGGUGUUGCGUCGCGCCGGGCGUUUUCUGCUUCGCGGGGCGCCUGGCGAGUGCGCCGCCCGCAGCCGAGAAAACGGCAACGCCUGGGGCACGGCGGUGCAGAAAGCCGCUGGCGUGCACGACAGCGGUGAGCUCUUUGAAAAGGAUACGUUCGCCUCUGGCAAGGGCGGCAGCUGCCAGCCAGAGUUGGUACGGACGCUGUCCGACCACAGCGCAGAAGCCAUCGAGUGGCUCUCCUCGUUCGGCAUCCCGCUGACUGCCCUUACGCAGCUCGGCGGUGCAAGUCGCAAGCGCUGCCACCGCGCCCCAGACAACCCAGACGGGACCCCGCUGCCGAUCGGCUUCACCAUUGUGCGUGCCCUGGAGAACUACAUUCGCACGAACUUGUCCGACAUCGUGCGCAUCGAAACCAAUGCGCGUCUCAUCUCACUGAUGCACAGUAAGGAGGACAACGCAGUGGUAGUGCAAGGCAUCACGUACGCCACGCAAACUGCAAGUGGAGAGGGGAAGAUUCGCAAACUACAGGCCCGUGCCGUCAUUCUCGCCACCGGCGGCUUCUCGAACGACCACACGGCCAACUCGCUUCUGCAGCAGUACGCACCGCAACUAUCCUCCUUCCCCACAACCAACGGCGUGUGGGCCACAGGCGAUGGCGUCAAGGCGGCGCGUGAGCUUGGCGUGGAGCUUGUCGACAUGGACAAGGUGCAGCUGCACCCGACCGGCCUGCUGGACCCGAAGGAUCCGUCGAAUCGCACCAAGUACCUCGGCCCCGAGGCGCUGCGUGGCUCCGGCGGCGUGCUGCUGAACAAGAACGGUGAGCGCUUUGUGAACGAGCUGGACCUGCGCUCCGUCGUGUCGCAGGCGAUUAUUGAGCAGAACAACGUCUACCCCGGGUCCGGCGGCAGCAAAUUCGCAUACUGUGUGCUGAAUGAGGCCGCGGCGAAGCUCUUCGGAAAGAACUUCCUGGGCUUCUACUGGCACCGUCUUGGCCUCUUCGAGAAGGUGGAGGACGUCGCUGGCCUGGCGAAGCUGAUUGGCUGCCCCGAGGAGAAUGUGACGGCAACUCUGAAGGAGUACAAGGAGCUCUCCUCCAAGAAGCUGCACGCCUGCCCGUUGACUAACAAGAACGUGUUCCCGUGCACCCUGGGAACCGAGGGGCCCUACUACGUAGCCUUCGUCACGCCGUCGAUCCACUACACCAUGGGCGGCUGCCUCAUCUCCCCUUCGGCUGAAAUGCAGACGAUAGACAAUACCGGCGUGACCCCCGUUCGUCGUCCCAUCCCUGGGCUCUUUGGCGCUGGCGAGGUGACUGGUGGCGUGCACGGUGGAAACCGCCUCGGCGGCAACUCGCUGUUGGAGUGCGUCGUCUUUGGAAGGAUCGCCGGCGCCCGCGCGGCUGCAAUUCUGCAGGAGGGGGCCGCGGGGUUGCCCCUGCUUGGGGGAGGGCAGGCCGGGUGA